AUGAACAAAUACGUUGUUUUGGCCAUCAUCUUUAUGUUCGUGGCCCAAAUUAAUUAUGCUCGUAAUAUCAAGUCAACAAUAGUACCAUUGGGAGAUCCUGUCAAAAAUUCUACAUACGUAACAUAUGAGGAGCUAGUUUAUAUCCUGCACACGAGGAACGGCAUAGACAGUGCACGUCCAAAAUAUCUAACGCCAUGCGCGCGAGCCAUAUUAGGAUGUUGCAAAGGCAAAGUUAUAAAUGAAAAUUGCUCUGAAGCCCUUCAUUGUGGAGCAUAUUUCUUUGAUAAUAAUCCAUGUGACGACAAAUUUAUAUUACAAGCUUUAGAAGCAGCCAGGUCGUUUUACGACCAGUUUACUAGAGAUGCAGUA